GGGGGUCAGUGUGUGUGUGUGUGGGGGGGGGUCAGUGAGUGUGUAGCGGGCAUGUUGGGCAUCGCGGGGCGAUGAGGAAGUCGGGUCCGGGGGAGACGCUGAGCCGUUUGUUGCGGAGACGGAGCUCGCCGUCACUGUACAGCCCCGCCCCCAGCCCCACAGAGCGAGUGGAGGAUGCGAUGGUGGUGCUCAGCUCCAGGGAAGGGGUGGCAAACGCCAUGGUGGACACUGGCACGGCCAAAGUGAAGCCCAGACCGACGGUCAAGCUCGCCAUUCCUUUCGUGGAUCGAACAGGAUUUGCAGUUCCCGUUCCCACAGUGCAAGACCCGGGACUGUACGUGAAGAUUCCCAGAACGAUGAUUGUUGCAGGCAGUGAGGGGAAGAUCGGCAUGGACCAGCCCAGCGGUGGAAGCCAAGGCAAUGGGGUGUACAAUGCUGCUGAUGACUGGAUCCCCCCUCCCCCCAUCAAUGGCCCCCCCCCCCCCCCCCAACCAUGGCCCCCCCACCACCCCCCCCCCCCCCCCAAGGGGUGGCCACUGCAGUGCCCCCCCAACCAGGGUCCACCCCCUCCCUACGAGCUGCCCAUCCCCCCUCCUCCCAGCGUAGCCCCCCCACCACCCCCCCCUCCUGUGUAUACCUCCCCAGGGCCCCAGAGACCCCCGGGCACGGGGGGGUCGUUUCACAAGGCGCCCCCUCCCACGCUGCCCCCCAGUGACUACACCCUGGGCCCGGGCCUGGAGACCACCCGCGGGGGGGGCUGGUUAAACACCCCAAGAAACCGCCACCCCCUCCCCCAACACGGACCCCUCCCACAGCCCCCACCCCCCCUGUGCCCGGGCCCCUCACCCCCACCCCCACCCCUCCCCCACUGACCCCCAUCGCCUCUACCUUCAACCCCCGGACCAUGGCCAAACUCUACGGGGUGACCGCGCCCGCUGAGCGGCCGGAGCUGGCGGGGGAGUCGGAGCGCGGGGCCCGGUCAGUGUUGGUCCUCCUGCAGGAGGCGGGGUCUGGGGCCGGGACCCCCCCGCACUGACCCAGUGUCGGCCGCUGCUCCUGGCAGCACCAGGACACUGACCGAUGCCCGACCCCAGAAACCUGCCCGCAAGAUGCAGCAGAACAAAGCUGCCCCCGCUGGCCCCGUACCCCCCCCACCCCACCCCCACUCCCCCCCUCUCCCCAUCUC